AUGAAGGGUCCAGCACCGCAACAGAAGUUCUCCCCAGCUAAGAAAACACAAAAUAAAAAUCCGAAGUUAUCCAAAAUGACGGCAAUUUUCACAGUUUCACGUUUACAUAUUAUCUUGUUUGCUCUAUUUUCAGUUUUCAUCUUAAAUCCCUCCCAUGCUGCAAACACCGAAAGGGGAAGAAUCAAGUGUUAUCUUCCAAACAAUUUAAUGGAAUUUUGGAAAGAUAACGUAGACCAAUCAGAACAAUUAAAAAAAUUGGCAUGGCAUAACUGGAUGAUGAGGUUGGAAUCAGAAUGGGAAGACUUUAACACAUCCAUGAAGAGCAAAAAGAACGUAUGGAUGGAAGAAACAGAAAAAGAAUGGAUCGAAUGGAUUAAACAAAUGGAAAAUAAAUGGAUGAAUUGUAAUGAAAAUAUUAAUGAUGAAUAUAAGAAUUAUCUUAUAUCCAAAUCUGCUACAUGGACUUCUGAAGAGUGGAAAGAAUGGGUAAAAACAGAAGGAAAAAACUUUAUGAAAACAGAUUUAGAAAAAUGGAUUAAAGCAAAAGAAAUAUCAUUGGAUUUGUUACUAUUAACAGAAUGGGUUCAGUGGAAAAAUGAAAAGAUCAUGUCAUGGCUAUUGAGCGAAUGGAAAACUGAAGAAGACAACUACUGGUCACAAUGGGAACACUCAACAUGGCUUAAGUGGCUCAACUUGACAGAGAAAAAACACUGGAUAAAAUGGAAAGAAAGAAAUCUUAGGGAAAGUGAACAAUGGUCUACUUGGUUGAGCGUCAAAGAAAAUGUUUAUAUAUUUGGCGAAUGGAACAAUUGGUCAAUAUGGAAAAAUGAAAAAGAAGAAUUCUUCAAUAAAUGGAUGGAUAAUACAAUUAACGAGUGGAUAAAUGAGGAGAAAUGGAACACUUUGUUGAACACAGAAAAUGACUCAUAA